AUGUUGACGAGUUUAUCGUUGUUUUCUCUCACCGCCCUACUCAGUUCUGGUGUUUUAUCACAAAACGUAACUUUUCGCGAUGUCAAAGUUCAAUACCAAACAGAAGAUUACGAAGUAUUCAAUGUUGACAUCGAUUCAAUAGAUAGUCUCAAAGACGCACUAGAAACAACAAAAAUAUCUCGAAUCACCGUGCUCGACAAAUCCACAAUACCCACAAUCUACGAGGACUCAAUCUCAGAUUUCCCACAACUCAAGAUCUUGCAACUCCGCCAAAACGGCAUCGAGAACAUCGAACCAGGGGCGUUCAAAAACGUGCCUCUGUUGGAAGUUUUAAGACUCAACGGGAACAAACUCACAGAGAUACGAGAAGGGGUUUUCAGUAACUUGAGUCUGGUGUUUCUCAACUUGGACCACAACUCCAUCGAAGUAGUAUCGGAGAAAGCGUUCGAUCAACUACCGAAACUGGAAGUUUUAGAUUUGAGCUACAACAGAAUUAGAGAUUUUUAUCCAGAAUGGCUGAAAGAUAAAGCUGUUCUCACUUCCGUCAUUCUCACUUACAACGAGAUCUCGCAGCUACCUGAUGGAACUCUUGAGCACUACCACAACGACAUCGACUUCAGCAACAACAGAAUCCAGAAUGUGUCUCAAAACAUGUUUGCUUCUGGUGUCAGGAAAGUGGGGCAGUUGUGGUUAAGCGACAACCACAUCGAAAAGUGGGAGGAGAGUUUAAUCAAAGGUGUCGAUAUUAAAGUUUUUGAUAUUUCGAGAAACCAACUAGAGUGUUUAGACGGGGAUUUUGAGCACUUCUUUGUGGCCGGGCGGACGAGAAUUGACAACAAUCCGUGGAACUGUGAGUGUCUUUUGAAAAUUGCGAAGUGGGUUUUUGAGAAGAAGGUUCGUGUGAGCAUGAGGAGUUCUGUGAGGAGUUGCAACAGCACGGGGGAGUUCCCUUGA